AUGCUAGCCAGUCAAAAUGGUCAUACACAGGUUGUUGAACUACUACUCAAAGAGAAUGCAGACGUUAACAUUCAGAAGAAAGAUGGAUACACUGCACUAAUGGCAGCUAGUCAAAAUGGUCAUUCACAGAUUGUUGAACUAUUACUCAAAGAGAAUGAACUACUACUCAAAGAGAAUGCAGACGUUAACAUUCAGAAGAAAGAUGGAUACACUGCACUAAUGCUAGCCAGUCAAAAUGGUCAUACACAGGUUGUUGAACUACUACUCAAAGAGAAUGCAGACGUUAACAUUCAGAAGAAAGAUGGAUACACUGCACUAAUGGCAUCUAGUCAAAAUGGUCAUUCACAGAUUGUUGAACUAUUACUCAAAGAGAAUAUUGUUGAACUACUACUCAAAGAAAAUGCAGAUGUUAAUACUCAGAAAGAAGAAGGAGGGACUCCCCUAAUGUUAGCUAGUUAUAUUGGUCAUACACAGGUUGUUAAAUUACUACUCAAAGAGAAUGCUGAUGUUAAUGCUCAGAAAGAAGAUGGACGGACUGCUCUAAUGCUAAUUGUUGAACUACUACUCAAAGACAAUGCAGAUGUUAAUAUUCAGAAGGAAGAUGGAGCGACUGCCCUAGUGGCAGCUAGUGAAAAUGGUCAUAUACAGAUUGUUGAACUACUACUCAAAGGGAAUGCAGAUGUUAACAUUCAAACCAAAAAAGGAUGGACUGCUCUAAUGCUAGCUAGUAGUGAUGGUCAUACACAGGUUGUCGAACUACUACUCAAAGAGCAUGCAGAUGUUAACAUUCAGAACAAAAAAGGAGUUACUGCCCUAAUGAGAGGAUUAUUAGACUCAUGUGUUAAAGGAGAUUUAGGUGCAGUCAUAAUGAAGACAUUAGAUAGUCCAGAUACUCCACUGGUACUUGGUCUUACUCCACUUAUGGUAGCUUCAUCAUGUGGACAUGUUGAUAUAGUGGAUGCUCUCAUACAAGCUGGAGCUGAUAUCAAUAAACAAGAAACCUCAUCUUGUGGACAUAUAGAGACAGCAGAAGUCCUCUUACAAGGUGGAGCUAAUGUCAACAGUACAGACAAUGAUGGGUACAGUCCACUAGUAUAUGCUAUAACAGGACACAAGUCACUUCAAGUUAUUGAACAACUACUUAAAGCUGGUGCUCAACCUAAUGUCUUUAUUAAUGACCAGAGUAUUGUUGAUAAAAGAAUGCAGAUGUUAAAUAGUCAGAAUGAAGAAGGAGAGACUGCGCUAAUGAUAGCUAGUCUAAAAGGUCAUACACAGGUUGUUGAACUACUACUCAAAGAGAAUACAGAUGUUAACAUCAAAACAAAAGGAUUUACUGCCCUAAUGGGAGCUAUUAUGAACAAACAUCUUGAAGUAGUUGAAUUCUUGCUACAAUCAAAAGCAGAUCCUCAUAUAGUAGCAUAUAUUAAAGGUUUGAAAUAA